UCCUCGAUCGUUUCGGUUUUGUUGCCGUUUGCGGCUCGUACGAAGAUCGUCGCGCGGAUCUGCAUUGAUCCAUUGUUUACCGUCAGCUGUUUGUGUGUGAAAUUUACAGUGCGGAUUAGACGAUACCGGGCCGUUGCCGUUGGAUAUUUGGGCACGAAUCGCUAUGCUGAACCGCGAUGUUUGCGUUUUGUUAACACAUGUUUCGCAACUUUUGUAACAUUGUUCAUUGAGGUACAACUACGGCGCGUGAUAGUACUGUGGAUUGUGGCGUUGUGUUUAGUGGUUCGUUAGAUUCGAAGAACAAGCAAAAGGACCUCCGAUGUAGAGGAGUGAAGUGCUCGCAGUGCCCAACAACUGAUGGUUGGUAAACACAUCGUACCUACAUUAUGCAAGUUGUGCCUAUUACGACGAACGUGUGCUUGAUAGGAUUUAAGUCGUAGUGUUUUGAUAAGAAGUUGUGAGCUCGGUAUGAAGCAGCACCGAAGGAGGUCAUUGGUGCGUGUCCCGCUCGCAGUUGUUUCGAUGCAAGCGAAGCUGUGAGAAGUGUGUAUCCAAUUACCGAAAAUACGAAGCCGAUUCACUUUAGCGCGGACCAUUUAUUACGUACGACGCGCGGACGUUCCCCGAUGGAAGUAGGAGUUGCGAUUGCAAAUGGAUGCUGGCUGACUCGACUCCUCUACCGUGCCGCAGAAGAGUACAUGUGAAAACGGAGGAGCAGCAGCACAACGAUCAUCAAUUGAGCAAUAAGUCGAACAAAUUAAACGGUUGCUGUGGACGGGAAGCGUAGUGUGGUGGUAGGGAAGAAAUUUAAAGGUCAAUUCAGCUAAUAGAAUAAGUGACUUUGCGCUUAAUUAGUGCAACCGCGCGCUACACCCGGUGGGUAACUAACGAGACUCGGGUUGUGAGCACCCGCCAAAGGUCUUCCUCCGCGGUGUCUACAAGUGCGGAAAUUUUCCAUAAGUGUGUGGUCGUACAUUGGUGAAUGAUUCGAUUCAAAUAGUUCUUUAGUUGAUUUGUCGCCAACUGGUGUGUACUUGGCAAUGACUGCCGCGGCAGUCGAUCUAUCGAACCGAUGCGAGAUCAUUCAUUUAUCUGGUAACUUAUAAGUGAGUAAGCUCAUUUGUAGAAGCAAGUGAUUCCAAGUAAACAAAAUCAAGAGCUGAUAUAUCUGAAACGAAGAACCGGAUAAAAUACUCGGAAUUGGGCGUCGUUAUCGCGAGAAACAAAAACGAGUUAAGAAGAUCCAAAGGAGGAACCGAAAAAUCGAUCAUCAUUGGAAGAAGAACGAACCAGACAAGGCACCGCAAGAGGUAUUUUCUGUUGUUUCAUCUUUCCUCAGUGCUGCUUUUGGAUCAGUGAGAUGCGUUGAUCGUGUCUACAUCCGACGACCAGAUUGACGCUGCUGCACGAUCAAAAUCUUUUAAAAGUGAAGUGCGGGUGUGAGUGGUGGGAAAAAAUCUAAUUUCCUUAAAUCGUCAUCCGCGACAGAAGGGUCCUUUGGAUUAAAAUAGUGAAGCCUGGUCAACGAAAAUUAAAAAAAAUUAAAGAAGGAAACGAUUACCUUUAAAUGGUAUGGGGGUCGUGCGGUAUGGGAGGAGAAGUACGUGAAGUAAAAUAAUUAGCCCCGAAAAUAGUUGGAGCGGUGGUUGAACCGAUGAGAAUACGGUGAAGUUAGCUGCCCAGUUCGGUUCAGAAGAAAACAAAGUCACUGUUAUUCAGACAAGGCAACAUCAGUUUUGUAACGGUGACGAAGAAACUGAAAGGCGUUCGCAUAGUAGUGGAGAAAAAACUGCAACAGCAAAAAAAAUAUAUCCAGUCUACGUCACGACGAAAAAAAUAACAAAAAGUACCCAGUGAAGAUGGGUACUUUUGAUCUUGGGGCCUUCGCUCGGAGCCAGGUGGCGAAGCUCGCGUUUAUGCUUCUGGCUGGUACAGUUUCCGGGAACCAUCACAACACGUCGCAAUCGAGAGACUGUUCCCUGCUGCACCCGGCCUGCGUCCGGUGCAACGAACGUGGUUGUACCAAAUGCACCGAGCUGAUCCAAUUCGAUACGAGGGAUUGCGUUAGUGACUGCCCCGGUGGGUACGUCGCCAAGUGGUCAACCACAUCCGAAUUUAUGGGCCGCGUUUGCUACCCGGUGGGAUUCUCCGGCUCCUUUAUGGCAGCCGUUGUUGGAAUUGCUGCCGGUGCUGUGCUGUGCAUCGUUCUCAUCAUCGCUGCCAUGGCCGUUAUUCGGCGCAAGCAGAAGCGAAAAAAGUACCGAGAAACAUUCAUCGAUGAGAACAUCGAUCGAUUGGAAUUUCUCAAACAGCUGGACGAGCUGCGCCCACAAGCGGAAUAUUUUCUUCAGAUGUUGAACGACACCAGACGGCAGAUUCGGAAGCUGCACCUCGCGGGUGAUAGCUCCGGAGCUGCCACGUAUCAUCCCGUGGUUCGAGAUCUUGCCAAAAUUCUUAUUCUGCUCAAUAAGCCGGUCGAACUGAUCAGCUCGCCUCCGCACGAUUGGCAGCGACUAUACGUUUGGGCCGAAAAGGUUCUGGAUCGGUACAAACCAGAAUUGACCCAGCUGAUUGAGUUCCUUCAGCAGCCAUCCAUUCCAUCGUCCGCUUCGGAUCCUCGCCUCGGAACAAGCGUGCAUUCCACUUUCAAAUCCAAAUUCAGCGGCAGCACAACGGCCAUCAACGAGAGUGAUGCCUCGCCCAGCCUCAGUGCCAAAAAUCAACGAAACCUGCUGCAUCCGGAAUCGGCAUCCAAGCAGCGGAACCACUUUCUCGGUUCGCUCAUCAGUUUACACGAUCUCGACGAGCGAUCGUCGUGUUCGCAAGCCGACGGAGGCAACUCCAGUAACCCGUUCGGGGAUACGUUCGAUCACGUCCGGUCGUACCUGUCAACGUCAGGCAUCAACGAUAGCUCCCUGUGGCUGCAGGAUGAGUUUUUCAAACUUGGUUUUCGACCGCAGGAUGAGAUCACCACCGAGCUGUAGCCAGGUUGCCACAAGCGAGAAAUAUUCCAACCGCGUACCGCGUGUAAAUAGACGAGUAUUAUAUUUUUAUUACGAUGUGAACUGAGAAAUCGCCGGAAUGAUCCAUACAAUCACGAAACUAGUCAAAGCAAUUGAAACAUUAUUAUAUUGUAGAUACGAGAUGAUUUAUUAAUUUAAUAAAAAUAAAAACGAUGCCUUAAAUUAGGUUAAGUAUUCUGAAUCAAAGGACAGGUUGUCAACUUUGUGACAAAAUCGGAUAAUAUACUAUGUAUCUUCUGCUGAGGAAGGUCAUAUUUAGAAAAUUUUAUGAAAA